AUGGAUCCUCGCAAGAGCUAUCUGCUGCUCCUGUCCACGGCAGUCUUUCUGACACUCUGCGCCCUAGCCACGUCCACGCCCACUCUCGGCAAGUCCAAGGAAAUCGCCCUGAAGCCGAUCAACCUACCGGAUCCGAGCCAACUUCUAUCGACUUUGUCAUCGAAGCUUGUCAAGCCGAAGCCCGCCCUUCCGGAUCCUAAGCAGCUGCUGGCGGGCCUAUCCUCCAAGUUUGUUAAGCCAAAGCCCGUCUUUGUUAAGCCCGUCAUCGUGAAGCCCGUUGUUGUGAUCAAGCCGGUGCUUGUCGGUGGUGGUGGCGGAGGGGGUGGACACGGCCACGGACAUCACGGACAUCAUGGCAAAAAUAAGUUCUUUUGA